AUGGAAGGGUCCAUUCAGGACCGCGUUGUGGUUGCUGCAGAGGGGGACGAGAAUCAUGGCACGGCAUGCAAUGUUGCCGGGGAGACUGAAGCUUCCGCACAGCAGACUCCUCCGGUCCCUCAGGUCAAAGAGCCUGAACUGCUGGAGGAAGAGGCCAGCAUAGGGAGGGAUGCCGCCGAUGAAUCCGACAAGAUUGCUGCCGCGAAGGGGCAGGGACAUGCUGUCGGGAGCGUUCAUGAGCCUCCGACGAAAAUGGAGCAAGUGCUCAAGGAGCAGCGCAAGUCUGCUAACAAGGUGGAUCAGCAACUGAAGGACAAGGGCAACGAGCUACGCGACUGGCACGGCAAGCAGUUCCAAGUCCUGAUGAAGCAGCAAGAGAUGAUCUCGAUGGCGAGGGAGGAUUUCAUUGCCCGGGAGGCUCACAUGGCGGAGCACAAGGCGCUUCUGGACGCUAGGGAGCAAGACAUCUCUUCUUGGGAGGAGAAACUUGAGGCCACCCUCCGUGCCAAAGACGAUGAUCCGGAAGCCCUUAAACUUGCUGAUGACCUUGCUGCUGCUUCCUCUGCCAAGACUACUCUUGACCAACAAGUGACCAAGCUGACGGAAGAGCUUGCCGGGAGCACCAAGGAGGUCGCGACCCUCAAGGAGGAGGUGCAGAAAGUGGAGACCCUUUUGAAGGAUACACAAUCGAAGCUCUCCUCCAAGGGUCAAGACCUCGGGACCGCCAACAGCACCAUUGAAAACCUGAAAGCCAGGAUCGGCAGCUUGGAGAGCUCGGUAGAGUCCAGCGGGGCCCGUGAGCAGCAGCUGACAAAAGACUUGGACACUGCCAGGCGUCUCCGGAAGGAUGCAGAGGACCAACUGACGAAUCACUCCGAACAGGUCAACAUCUGGAUCAAGAGCUUGAUCGAUAUUGCCGAGCGCCUCACCACCCAAGCAGCAGCGAUGGGUAUGGAAGGGUUAAUCUUCUCGGUUAGCAGGCAAAAGGUCCCCAGCGUCAAGCUAGGGGUCUUCUUCAACGAGCUGAUCGACAAGCUGAAGGCGCAUGAAGAGGGGAGGGCCGGUCGCUUCGCGACGGAAUCCCAAAGCUUGCUCGUGAUGCCCUCUUCCUGGUCUUGA